CGGCGGGUCGCGGAACGGGGCCCGCGGGGACCCGGGCGCCCUCGGGCGGCGGAAGCCGGGCGCGCCCCUCGCCAGGCCGGGAUCGGGGCGGGGCGCGCGGCAUCCCCGCGGGGGGAGCCGGUCACCGGGUCUCGCCGCCACCAAAGUUUCCCGGAGGAGCCGCGGCCGCCCUUCCUUCCCCGGCCCCGGGCGUGGGGGCGACCCCCGGGCGAGAACUGUUUCCGAGGGCGACCGGGCCCCGUCUCCGGCUAGACCCCGCGCCUCCAUUGCGCCCAACUCGGAUUCCCAACUUGGGAGGCGCCGCGGGCCUGCGCACGCGCGCCUUCCUCGCCGCCGCCGCCGCCUCCUCCCGCGGGGGAGCAGGCUCCGGGCCGAGCCGCGCGCCGAGACUCGCCCCCCGCGCGCCGCCCUCCGGCUCGCGGUCCGCCGCCCCCGCCCAUGCGGACGCCCGCCCGCCGCCCGGUGCGCCCUCGCCCGAGGGCCAGCUGAGCGCGGACCGCCCGCGGCGGCGCGAGGUGGGCCCGGCCCGGCGCUGCCCUCGACAGCGGCAAGUUUGGGAGUUGCACUAGUUUGCGGGGUGGGGGAGAGGCCGGGCGGGGGGCCAUGGAGGAGGACCGGGGGUCGUCGCUGGCGGCCGAGUCGGCGCUGGAGAAGAACGUGGCGGAGCUGACCGUCAUGGACGUGUACGACAUCGCGUCGCUCGUGGGCCACGAGUUCGAGCGGGUCAUCGACCAGCACGGCUGCGAGGCCAUCGCGCGCCUCAUGCCCAAGGUCGUGCGUGUCCUGGAGAUCCUGGAGGUGCUGGUCAGCCGCCACCACGUCGCGCCUGAGCUGGACGAGCUGCGCCUGGAGCUGGACCGUCUGCGCCUGGAGAGGAUGGACCGCAUCGAGAAGGAGCGCAAGCACCAGAAGGAGCUGGAGCUGGUGGAGGACGUGUGGCGGGGGGAGGCGCAGGACCUCCUCUCUCAGAUUGCCCAGCUGCAGGAGGAAAACAAGCAGCUCCUGACCAACCUCUCGCACAAAGACGCCAGCUUCUCGGAGGAGGAGUUCCAGAAGCACGAAGGCAUGUCGGAGCGCGAGCGGCAGGUGAUGAAGAAGCUGAAGGAGGUGGUGGACAAGCAGCGGGACGAGAUUCGCGCCAGGGACAGGGAGCUGGGUCUGAAGAACGAAGACGUGGAGGCCCUGCAGCAGCAGCAGACACGGCUGAUGAAGAUCAACCACGACCUCCGGCACCGCGUCACAGUGGUGGAGGCCCAGGGGAAGGCCCUGAUCGAACAGAAGGUGGAACUAGAGGCAGAUCUGCAAACCAAGGAACAGGAGAUGGGCAGCCUGCGGGCAGAGCUUGGGAAGCUGCGAGAGAGGCUGCAGGGUGAACUCAGCCAGAAUGGAGAGGAGGAGCCCGAGACGGAGCCGGGCGGAGAGGCGUGUGUCUCGGAGGCGGAGAAGAUGGCCAUGGAUCUCAAGGACCCCAACCGCCCCCGCUUCACCCUGCAGGAGCUGCGGGACGUGCUGCACGAGAGGAACGAACUCAAGUCCAAGGUGUUUUUGUUGCAGGAGGAGCUGGCGUACUAUAAGAGUGAAGAAAUAGAAGAGGAAAAUCGAAUACCCCAACCUCCACCGGUCGCCCACCCGAGAAUGUCCCCCCAGCCGGAGUCUGGGAUCAAGCGACUACUGUUCUACAAAGGACUCUGGGCCCUUCUCCCCUUCACUGUGGCCUCUGUCUGCUCAGCAAGACCUGGGGCUCCGAGACUGGGAAGAGAAGCCGCUGGAAUUGGGGAGCCAGAGAGCGAGAAACACACAGAGGGGGAGAGAGAAAUCAGAAUCCCCCCGUCCACAGGGUGCAGGUGGCCAGUCCCAUGGCCACCCCGGCCUUCUAGGGGAUGACUAGAAGAUCAGACUGGCACAAAAGGCUUUUGACCAGCCCAGGCAGGACACUGGUCGCCUUUGUCCACCUCGGCUGCUGACUGAGAACUGUCAGUGUGGCCUGUGAGCCCAGAGCCAGGGGCCGGGACGUAAUCUUUCCUGGGGCUGGGGCAGGGAAUGGGGCUCUUAACAUGGUUUCACGCCCGCCUCCCUUCCCAUCCCUCACACCUCUGGCACCCAUCGGGGUCCACUUGUCCCUCGGUCCUUGCUUUUGUGGAAUACGAAUCACACAGCCUCUUUAGUACAGGACCUGGCUGCUUCCUAGCUCAACCUCAUGCCUUUGACCGGUUUUUUCCACCCACCAGUGAGUGAGCAGUACCUACCCUGGAGGUCUGGAGGGGCUCCAUCAGCUUACAGCACCUACACUGAGGUAUCUUCCCCCUGGUCAGAGACUCAGAGCUGGGAGACUUAGCCCCACUUCUCAGGUGAAUAUCGGGCCCAGAGAAGCCCACUGACUUCAUUUAGAUCGUACCAUUGGGAAGGGUCAGAGGUGGGGUUUGAACCGUGCCUUCUGUGUACCUCCCACCGCCCGUUUCCUUGCCCCAUUCCUGAGUCACCAGCUGUGGGCCGACUGCCCAGUCCCUUCUGUCCCAAGUGCACCACAAGCCAGGGACGUCAGCAUCUAUGUUUCUGGGCUGAACCGGCGAAGGGAACCAGAAACUCCUGUCACCAGUUAAAACUGUGCCCAGAAGACGGUCCAAGAAAAGCUUGUGACUGAGCAGCUGCCGGCCGGAGAGUCCAGGUUGGCACUGCCUGGGAAGGUCACGAGGGAGCUCUGAGUGACUCCAGUCUUGUCCCCAGCGGCCACCAGGCACCAGCGCCCCCUUUGUGUGGCCUCGGUCUCUCCGUUACAGAGGUACACACAGCACCCAGCUGUCUGCCGAGCAGGGGCGGAGGGGCCGGCCAGGGAGGCAGGGCGCAGGCAACGGUUCUUAUGCGCCCGAGAGGUUGGCCUCAGAGGAGGCAGCCACCCAAGUAUCAGACACUAGUCCCUGUCCUCCUACCCACCGCCCUCCUUGCUUCAGCCCAGAAAUAGCUUCCUCACAGCCGCCCAUUGCACUGCCUGAAACGCCACUGUUAGAACUGCAUUUGGUUUGCAUCUUCCAGAAAUAAUCAGUGGGGAGGGAGAAGGUAAAGCCAGCCACACCAUAUUCAGACAUAAACUUUUGACCAAAAAAAGCCAGUCUUCUCUUUUUUUUUUUUUUUUUAAUGCUUAUUUAUUUUUGAGAGAGAGAGAGACAGAGCACAAGCAGGGGAGGGGCAGAGAGAGCGGGAGACACAGAAUCCGAAGCAGGCUCCAGGCUCCAGGCGGUCAGCACAGAGCCCGACGCGGGGCUCGAACCCACGAACCAUGAGAUCAUGACCUGAGCGUAAGUCAGACACUUAACUUACUGAGCCACCCAGAUGCCCAAGCCAGUCUUUUCCCAGGAAGUGGCUGUCCCUCCAGAGGACAGGGAGGCUUCUGGGAAGGAAGGGGGCUGUCCAUUCAGUGAAGCAUAUAGUUACUUGACUGGAACCUUCCAGGUGUCCCAAGUCCCCUGUGCACCAGUCUGAUCCCUGAUGGGACCCCAAAUGAAGCCCAGCAUUUCCAGGCGGGCAUACAUCUCACCCUGCAUCUGGGGCCAUCCUCCACAGUGACUGUGUCUUUGGGGGCUCCCUGUUACGCCACGAGGGGUCCUGGCAGAGGUCCAGCCCCUGGAAAGCCAACAGUGCCGGGCAGCCCAGCCUCUGGGGAUUGGGCACGUUCAGAUGACAAAAGGUGCCCCCUUUUCUCAUCGCCGUGAGAAGGCAUCCACGUGGUUCUGCCAGGAUGCCAACUCCCAGCUGCCUUUUGAAGUGUAUCAGAGGUGAAUCCAAACACAGAUAAUCCCAAACCUCACUAGACACUCACAUUCUAUCUUUUCCCCGCCCGCAUCUAAAAAAAAAAAUCAAAA